CAUAAGUGCUGUCCAUGUGAUGUAAAAUAUGUUGAGAGCACAUUUAAGUCUAUGUCCAUAGAAGAAGUACAUUGCCGGAAUCCCACACAGCGUAACUAUGUAAAAGAAUGUUGACAUUAAAUAGUCCAAAGGAGCGUAACUAUAUGUGUAAUGAACCAGCUUCAAACAUGUUUGUUUUUCCUUGGUUGAGAAGAAGUCAGAACUCAGAAAAAUGGCUUGUUCAAAACUUCAGUCUUCAAAAACGGGAAAAAUGACAGAAGUAAGCAAUUGCCCUCACGCAGGAUCGAACUACGGACCUUCAGUUUACAAGACUGACGCUCUACCACUGAGCUAUAAGGGCCUUUUUGAAACGUCUUUACUGGUUUAUAUAUAUAUAUAUACAAUAAAAUACCAGAGUGAUUGAAAUUACCAAUGACGUAUGCAAAUUUCCCAAAAUUCUAGGUCGGUCAGGAAGCUGGUUUGCUACAAUCUGUGGCGGGAAGGGAAGGGGAAGAAGAAAAGACGAAGGGAACGCGCGGGUAAAACCUCAAAUCCCAAGCAGCACUAACCGUAAUCGGUUCCCUUCCCCUCUUUGCCAUGUCUUUCCUCGACGAAUUUCAAGCCAACCUUGAGUCACUGCCCAACAUCCUGCAGAAGAAGUACGCCCUUUUACGUGAUCUUGAUAAGAGCUUGCAGGGGAUCCAACACCAAAAUGAACAGCGUUGUGAACAAGAGAUAGAGGAAAUUAAGUGCCGAAUCAAGACUGCAAAUACUUUGCCCGAUGCUUCGGUAAUCAAAUUCUCCGAUGAGGCACUCGAUGAGCAGAAACAUAGUGUCAGGAUUGCUGAUGAAAAGGUUGCCUUAGCUGUCCAAGCAUAUGACCUGGUUGAUGCACAUAUACAGCAACUUGAUCAAUAUUUGAAGAAGUUUGAUGAGGAGCUCCGGCGUGAGAGAGAGAACAAUGCUGCAUCUGGACAGCAGACUGCAAGCACUGAUUCCACUCCGAAAUCCGGAAAGGCUAGUGAGGGUGGUAGAGGACGUAAAAAGACACGGCUGGCUGCAGCAACUGAAGCAGCAGUUGCCACCUCAUCUGCUGACCCCUCCACCACCGUGGAACUGGAUAUACCAGUAGAUCCCAAUGAACCAACCUACUGUUAUUGCAAUGAAGUGAGCUACGGGGACAUGGUUGCUUGUGAUAACCCAGAUUGCAAGAUAGAAUGGUUCCACUUCGCCUGUGUCAAUGUUAAAGAACAACCCAAGGGUAAAUGGUACUGCCCGGAUUGCGCUCCUGCGAGAGGUCGACGGAAAGCAAAAUGAACUUGAUGAUGUUUACAACUCAUGUGCGCCUUGCUGCUGCACUGACUUUGUACAGCAAUGCCCUGUAUCAACCUUGAAAGCUGCGUCAGCCUGUGUAUCGUGGACGUCUUGUAUGCAUUCGUUUU